AUGGUCAAGACGCUGGUUCCCCGCGGUCUGCACAACUACCACCCCCAGGAUGCGGCGGAUCUCAUCGAACGGCUGAGUAGGAAGGCAGCGGUCAUCAAGGCCAUCUCGGGGCUGACGGGGAACGGCGGGCACCCCAUCACCCCAACCAUGGUGGCAUGCGGCGACAUCGACCCCCUGUCGCACCUGCCCCUCCGGCUGAUGAGUAGGGAGUGGCAUGGGUACCGGGAGAGGAGGUAUGCGGAGGAGCGUCCCAGCGGCCCCAACAGCCGCAUGGAGGUGGAGCUCGACGGCUACUACAUCAUGUGCCAUUACGCUGGUACGCCCGUCAGUGACACACCGGGAGGGGGACACACAGGGGAAUACAGGGGAGGGGCAGGCGUCUAUGUGGCUGUCUGUCUGCUUGCUGUCCUGUGUGUCCUGUGUAUUCAGCGUUUUCGUCUGAGGCCACCAUCGCAGCCCUCGACGCACAGCCCCAUGCACAGCCGUCCGCCCGAUUCGCCCCACUCCCGCCACCACCUGGGUUCGCCUCAGGGAGCGACGACAGCGACUCAGACGACGACGAGCCAGCGGCGCCACCUGGAGAGGAGACGACGACGAAGAGGUGUGGGUGGGUGAUGAGGGUGAGGAGGACGACUGGGUGCCGGACGAGAUCCGCGAGAUGUGGGAGGAAAAGACGGUUGAGGAGGCGAGGAGAGCGGCCGAGAAGGCCGAGGAGAGCGGCUUUGUCAUAUCCUGCCUUCAUUUUAUAUCGGUGGGCGUAUUUCCCCUCUUUCCGCUGCUUGCAGCCUCCUCGGAGACCUGCGUCGGACAAGGCGUGGCUGAGGGUGAUGACGGUUAGGGUAAGCUUCAAAUUCCAUCUUGGAAACAAAAUGUGAAUUUGGAGUUCAGAUAGAAGGUUUGCUCAUACACGGAUCGGUGCAGGGAGUCCACAGGUGUGUGGGACAAACUCCUCCGGCACUGCCCUGAUUGGUAUGAGGACAAGGACGAUACGUCGCUGCCGGCCUGUGUGUGUGGUCAUCAAGCCACCCCACAACCACUAUUGUGUUGUGCUUUGUGGUAUGUGUUAGGGGGGCUGCCGCAGUCAAGUCGCUGUCCGAGGGCGGCCUCGCCUUCAUGACCAAAUCCAUCCUCUUCGGCCUCAGUCAACUGCGCGAGAGGUGUGUGCGUGUCAAAGCUGGCCAACGCCGGCGACAUCGCGCCGCCCUAUGGUAGGGUGCAGGAGCCCUCCCCCCUCCCACAGCAGCAGCAGCCGGCCAUCACCGAGGCACCGACAGGGGCGCUGCCCGUGGCACCCCGCCCUGCAGCCGGUCAUCAGACUGGGGAGGGGGCGGUUGACAUCGUUUGGGUGCCUCCCGAUGGCUGGAAUGGCCUUGAGAGCAACACCAGGGGCGCUUCGGACGUGACGACCAACUACGAGUUGAACAGCACCAUCCGUUCGCGGAUGCACUGGCCAGCGGUGACUGCCCCCGACACACAAUUCCACGGCGAUGUGCUUGUCUUAGAGGAGCGCAGUUCCCAGCGGUGCCGCGACGUCGAACAGCUCAUCGCCGAACAGAACCCCCCAACCCACUUGAUGUGUGCUGCUGUCCUUUUGUCAGUGAGUCGUUUGUCUAAUGACUGAUCCCCAGCCUCGUCCCGGUGGUUCCUCAGGUGGGUGGCGACGGGUCCAUCUUACGAUACCAUUUGCGUGCCUUUGCUGCUUCUGUUGACGCAGGAGGCGUCUUCAGAGGGCCUGCAAGAUGCUGGGGGUGUCUGAGUGGGACAACAAGGGGCUGGUCCGCCACGCCUACCACAAAGGCCCUGCAGCACCACCCCGACAAAGGAGGCACGAAGGAGGGCUUCCAGCGGCUCAAGAGGGCGUACGAGCUGGUGAAUGCAGCGGCGCCGGAGCCACCCAAGAGCUGUGAGGAGGGCGAGGCCACGGGUGCGUGCCUCGACAGGCUGAGUGGUCUGUGCCCUUAGUGCGCCAAGAUGUACCAGGUGCGUGCAUUGCGGUUGAGAGAAAGUCAUGUCUCUCUCACCUGAUGUUCGUUUCCGCUGUGUGUGUUGGGCUCUCGUCAGACCAAGGCGUUGAGGGAGAUGACGUGGGAGGCCGAGGCCAAGGCGCCAGUGGCAGAGGAGGAGGCCCACGCCGCGACCACCCCCGCCGCCACGGUCAGAAGCCGCUCUUCCUUUCACACCGACCAGGGGCCGCCCGUCACCAGCAGGGGGGAGGGGCUCUGGAGCCGCUGGUUUCCAGACCCCUUCUGCACCUGCUGCACCCACCCCGACGGCAACUGACGGCUGCUGUUGGUGGGUGUUGUCAGCCACGCCCCCAACAGCAGCACGUCGCACCUGCGUAGCCUCGCCCCCAGAAGAAGAAGGACAAGAGGGACGGGCAUCCCGGUGAGGCGAGCUGUGGAUAGUGAAGUGUCAUGAGUGCUUCUUCCGUCAUGUCUCUGUACAUGUAUGUGUGUCUCUGUGCAGCCCGUCGUACCGCUGUCUACAUUUUAUAUUGGUGGACAUAUCAAACCCUUUCGACGCCCUCAACAUAUCCUCGCACGGCCUGCGCGACCACCAUCAAGCCCCGCGAGGAGGCCGAGCUGGUCGAGCGGCUCAAGAGGGAGGCAGCGGCCGUCAACGCCAUCUCAGGUCUGACGGAGGAGGGCGCCCACCCCGUGUCACUUACACAUACGGGAAAGAGGGGGACACACAGGGGAAUACAGGGGGGAGGCAGGUGUCCAUGGAGCUGUCUGUCUGUCUGUCUGCUGUCCUUUGUGUCCUGUUCAUUCAGCGUUUUUGUCUGAGGCCACCAUCGCAGCCCUCGACGCACAGGCCCCUGCACAGCCGCCCGAAUUAGCCGCCCCACUCGCCCAACCACCACUGCCCCCACCACCUCGGUUCGCCCCAGGGAGCGAGGACAGCGACUCGGACGACCACGAGCCAGCGGCGCCACCCCGAGAGGAGGAGGAGGACGUGUGGGUGGGUGAAUGUCCUCUCGUCGGUCAGCGGAUUGCUUAGAAGAGACAUCAAGGCGAUCAGCCUAUAGAGGAGGAGGAGAAGGUAUGGGUGCUGUUUCCUUCAUGUCCUUGUCUGUCUCGCCAUGUCUCUGUCUGUGUCUUGUGUUUUCAGCCGCAGUGUAUCGCUGCCUUCAUUUUAUAUCUGUAGCCGUCUUUGUUUAUUUCACUUCAGCGGCGUUGGAUUUCUUACAGCAAGGAAAGCGACAGGUUAGAAAAGAAGACCGGAGGGAUGGAAAGAGUCCGAUGAAACAAACACAUUCUCUGCCUCUCUCAUUCUCUACUCUAUCUCUGUCCGUCAGCUUGCCUUCAUCCCUCUGCUAUAGUCAUUGCCUUUAUCCCUCUGCUGGUCGACUACAGCCGAAUUCAGCUCAUUUGAUAAAUUCUCAGCUGACACCAGCCCAUCAAAGCUCUGACAGGUCCUGUGAGUUGUUGCCUGCCUUGCCUGCAGGUCCCACCUCCAUGAGGUCGUCUGGCAGGACUCGGAUGUCAGCGACUCAGAGACGAAAAGCCUCAGCGAGUGCGCCCGCCAAAUCAACAUACUCCACGGCCUACUGGACAAGUACUGGGAGGAGCUGUCGGACACUGGCGGCAGACCGGACCUUGACCUCAUGAGAAGGAAGCACAUGUACUCUGUCGCCAGUGAGGUGCGCGUACACACAGAGAGAGGGAGGGAGGUGGAUGCAUCAUCCCUCCACGGUGGCAUUUGUUUUCUCUUGGUGUGCAGCUGGAAGUGCAGGUGGCCGAGAUCCUCAAACGGCACGAGCAGCACGUCAGGAACAAGCCGACCAGUAUCAUCAGCCUCCUGACCGUGUUGGUCAUCCCGAUGCUGGUCAAGAUCGACCCUCUCAACGAUGCGGCCGACCCCCUGAACGAGAAGCACUAUCCAAAACUAGGAAGGGUGCGUUGAGGGCCCGCAGUGGGGCAAUCGCCUGGCUGUCUAUCUGUCUAUGUCUGUCUGCCUGUCGGUGCUGUGUUCAGUUGUAUCUGCAGAUGAGCAGUCAGGACUGGAGGUUCUCGAAGUACGAGGAGGCGGUGCAGAGGACCCUCGUCUUCCACACUUCACGGCCUGCUCGAGAGGUACUUUGCCGAGCUAGAGGACACUGGCGCCAGACUGGACCACAACACCAUCGCCACAAAGUACUCUGUCGCCGAUGCGGUCCGCGUACACGCAGAGAGAGAUGGAUACGUCCAUGGUGAGUUUUGGUUUCCCUUGCUGUGUGUCGCGCUUGUAUGAGUGCAGCUGGAGGCGGAGAUUGCCCUUAUCUUCGAGGUACUGGAGAAGCACAUCAAGAGCCGGCCGACCAGUGUCAUAGGCACCGUCACGGCGCUGCUGAUCCCGGUGCUGGUCAAGAUCGACCCUAACAACAAAGCGGCCGACCCCAUGAGCGAGGACCACUACCCAAAAUACGAGGGGUGCGCUGAGGGGCAGUGGGGUCAAUCGCCAACGACAGACACCGGCCUCUUGGUGUUGUGUUUCAGGCAUAUUUCUCGCUGCGCGAGGACGAGAUGUUCCAAAGGUAUGUGGAUGCUGUGGAGACAACUAUGCACUUCCAGAAGGUCGGGGUCCCGAACUCGUACAUGCUGGCCUUCUUCCGCCACCUGCCCCUGGGCGAGGCGCCCCCUGCGCCACAAACAAGAGCCACCAAGUCAAGCGCCGACACAAGGACAAGAUGGCCCAGUUGGAGCAGGUCUUCAGGCAAGGACAGGCGCCGACUGCAAGUCAUCCAGCAGACCCUCGCCCGUCUGCAGCUGCCAUCUGAAACCACACGCCGGCUGGUCAAUUCAACCCCAGGGAGACAGUCCUGAGGCGCCACCCCGGGCGGCUGCAAUGAGAAGGAGAAGGUAAGGGCGAGGAGAGAUAUGCUUCAUCCAUGUCCUUGUUUGUUUCGCCAUGUCUCUUUCCAUUUUUUGUGUCUUCAGCCGCAGUGUAUCGCUGCCUUCAUUUUAUAUCGGUGGGCCCAUUUCCGCAGUGUUUCGGACCAUCAGAGUCCCACAACAAUCCGACAAAGACGUAAGUCAUGUUCGAUAGAAGUCAACAAGCACACAAGCCUGAUGAACGUGUCCUGCAGCACCAGCAGCACCAGCGCGGCACCCCACCCCACGGCUGCUGUCCUUUUGUCAGUACCUCGCUGA